AUCGCUAAAGCCCGACCGACGACACAUCACGGCCACCCACGGUAGGUACCCAACCCGGCUGACCGCGGAAAAGAGGCGCCGAAAAAUCGAAACCGGCAGCCCAUGGAAAACGGCGCGGUGCUGCGGGGCGGCCCGGGCAUAGACGCCGCCGGGAUUUUCUUACUCGUGCUGACUCUGUGUGUCUUUCUUCUGCCCGCCUUUCUUUACUUUCCACCAGUACCGCCUUCAAAAAGCGAUGCCCUCCUUCAAACUCACACUCGUGUGGGCAUUUUGCCACCGCAACCCGCACAGCAGAGCCACCACAGAGCGUCGGGGACGGCCAAGGUGAGGUCGCCGAGCUCAAAGAGUCCAAAUAUCCCAGCAACCAUCCGCAGCCUUUGGAUAUACCCCGUCAAGUCGUGCAAGGGAAUUGAAGUCAGCCAGAGCAAGGUUCUUCCCCAAGGACUCGAGUUCGAUCGGCUCUACACUUUGGCCCAGCUUAAGAGCCCCUUCCCCGUCGGGCUCGACGCCUCGGACGCGGAGAAGAGCGGUCACAAAUGGGAGUUCAUCACUCAGAGACAAUACCCUCUGCUUGCCACCGUCCAGGUGGAUCUCUACGUGCCGGAUAUUGCAAAGUCCAGGGCCCAGGCUUUCAAGUCGAGCGACAGCUUUAUCGUCAUACAUUUCCCCUGGCGGGGUGUGGGCUUCCGCGGCGCCAUCGACUGGAUUUCUGCAAAGCUCGCCCGGGGCUGGCGUGCACUGCCAGAAAAGGAGAUUGUGCUUCCGGUUACCUUUCCGUCGCAACACGAGAUUGACGAGCGCGGCUACGACUACGAGCCUGUAAAAAUCUGGAGAGAAACAGUCACGGCCCUCAAUAUGGAGGCGGACCUACCUCGGGAGCUUUCCCUCUACCUGGGCGUAAGUAACAGGCUCGGCAUUUUUCGGAUAGAUCCGGCCCGAUUACGACAAGUUUACCGUUGCGCACCGACCGAGGCCGACGCCGGUUACCAGCCCGUGACUGGGUUUCAAGACGCGUAUCCCUUGCAUCUCCUCAACCUGUCGAGCGUUCGAGAUUUGGACACCAAAAUUGUCAAGGAUGACAGUCUCAAGGUCCUCGACCCCAGGAGGUUUCGCGCCAAUAUCAUAGUGGACGACAUACCAGCCUAUGACGAGGAGACCUGGAAGUCUGUGCGACUCAAACCGGGGCCCUCCAGCAGGCGCCAGGCAUCGAGUUUCCACGUGUCUUGCCGAACAGUCCGAUGCAAACUGCCAAAUGUCGACCCAGACAGCGGUUUCCGUCACCCUGUUGAGCCGGACAAAUCCCUGAGGAAGUUCAGAGAGGUUGACGAGGGCGCCAAGCACAAAGGCUGCCUCGGGAUGCAACUCACCCCCCUAUUCGACAAGACGGAAUCGUCGGACGAUAUGGAGAGCUGGCUUGAGGUUGGCAUGUCUGUGGAAAUCGUGGACCGAGGCAGUCACCAGUAUAUCGUCCAGUGAGGCGAUAAAGGAUGAGCUAGAAUUAGAUGAGCUUUGUGUCGCGGCUUUGGUCAAGAAUGGGAAUAGUGUACAGUAUAUAAGUAGGGGUUAGACCUAGGUGGGAAUAUUCAGUCUUUCAAACAGUGUGAGAGACGCACAUGUUUUGAGCGCAACCAUUUCCGCCGGAAUAGAACGAUGAGACAGGCCGUGAGAGAAAAGUCUGAGAAUUAU